AUGGAGGAAGAUGAAUCGGCGUCUGCUUCAGCCGCGAACAGCCCUUCUCCUCCGCCGCCGUCGCUGCUCGGCGGCGCGGUGGAGCACAUGUUCGACAAGGUGGUGACCCCCAGCGACGUCGGGAAGCUCAACCGCCUCGUCAUCCCGAAGCAGCACGCGGAGCGCCACCUCCCCCUCCGGGCCGACGACAGCCGGGCCGGCCUCCUCCUCCAGUUCGAGGACCGCGACGGCCGGACCUGGCGCUUCCGCUACUCCUACUGGCACAGCAGCCAGAGCUACGUCAUCACGAAAGGCUGGUCUCGUUUCGUCCGGGACAAGGCCCUCCAGCCCGGCGACCUCGUCUCCUUCCACCGCGGCCCCACCGGCCGCCUCCUCAUCGACUGCCGCCGCCGCCGUCCCGAUUGGCCCCCCGCCGCCGCCGCAGCCGGACGCCUCUGGGCCCCAUUCGGGCCGUUCUUCCCCCCGCCUGGCGGCCCAGCCCAACUCUACGGCCCGUGCGUCGGAAACCCUAUUUGCGGCCCGCCGGAGGAGGGCCGGGUUGUUUUAGGUUCGGUGCCGGUGGUGCAAGGGAAGGCCGCCGCGAAAAAGCUCCGGCUGUUUGGGGUUACGGUCGACUGUCCUAUUUCCGAGACGGACGCGAAUUCUAGUGGCGACACGAUUGGGCCGAGUUCCGUGUCGUUGGGCUCCGGUUAUCGGAGGUUCUUAUGA